GUAAAAUUUUCAUAUAUAUAUGCAAUGGAAACCAAUUCUUCAGACCCGGAGACAAUUUCUGCAAAGAUAUCUUGCUUUGCUUAAACUGAUUUUGUUCCGAUAAAUAAUAAUUAUGAAAUAUCUCGCUGCCUACUUACUUCUUACUGUUGGUGGAAAGCAAUCGCCAUCAGCUAGCGACGUUGAAACUGUCUUGUCCACUGUGGGCAUUGAAGCUGAGAAAGAACGUGUUGAAUGUUUGCUCAAGGAACUUGAAGGCAAAAACUUGGAAGAGUUGAUUGCUGCUGGUAACGAGAAGCUCGCUACUGUUCCUUCUGGAGGUGGUGCUGCUGCUGCUGCUCCUGCUGCUGGCGCACCCGGUGCUUCCGCCACAGAAGAAGCCAAGCCAGAGGCUCCUGCUGAGGAAGAAUCCGACGAGGAUAUGGGCUUCGGUCUCUUUGAUUAGGCAGUUCUUUCAAAUAAAUAAAUGCUUUUGUUUAGCUGUACUUUCAAGAGAAUGAACAUAUGUAAAAGUG